AUGUCGACUAACACCUUUCAACAUCUCACCGACCAAAACAACAUUUACUAUGACAUAUCACACAAUCAAGAGAACUACGAAUUGUACGAUCAAGAAGACGAAGAAGAUUACGAAGAUGCACAAAACUCCAACUACAUAUACAUAGUCAACACAAUCCUAAACGGGACAGCCCGUCUCAACAUUCUGUUACCAACCGCCACGAUCCUCUCCUUCACCAUCUUCGCCCCGUUACUAACAAACUAUGGCAAAUGCACCGCCCUCGACAGGUGGCAGAUGGGAAUAUUCCUCGCUCUCUUAGCCACUUCGUGCGUGUUAUUCUCAUUAACCGACAGCUUCAAAACGGGCACGGGUAGAUUGUACUACGGUGUGGCGACACUAAACGGGAUAAGGACUUUUGGAGGAGGGAGAAGAGUCGGACCUUGUGUGCCGUCGGAUUACAAGCUGAGGUGGCGCGAUCUCUUCCACUCGUCGCUUUCCUUGAUUGCCCUUCUCACAUUCGCUCUGUUUCACAACGAUGUAUUGAGCUGCUAUCGUCUGGUUUUGCCGAGAAAGUUCAUCAACACGGUCCCACUCGCGAUAGGGUUCGUUAUAAGUGUGCUCUUUGUCUUGUUUCCUUCCACAAGAAGUGGAAUUGGUUAUCCUUUCUUGCUUCAGAGUGAUGCUUUGCACAUCAGAAAUUGA